AAUAUCGGUUUGCCAAGUCGUACGCAAUAUCAACGGCGACUUAUUGAAAAAACGGAAAGCGUCAUUCAACGUAUGCGCUGGAAAGCACAUUUUUUCCUUGGAAAGCAGACGACAAAUUGCGAUGAGCAAUUUGGACUUCCAUCACCAAAUAAUGCGCCCAUGGUCACCCAGUUAAAACAUUUCGAAGACGAUGUAAUUAAAAUGAUAUCAAACAUUCAAUUUAGAACUGUAAACGAUCCUUUUAUGAAUAAAAUCUCCAAGGACCUUGAUCGAAUCAAUUCGUCGAAUAACAUAUUGGUUUUUGCGGACAAAUCAACAAAAAAUUUAUGA